AUGUCGUCUGCUGUCCACCGCAGGAUGCUCAAGGAGUACAUGGCCAUCCAAAAGAACGCCGCAACCCGCCCCCAUCUCGAACUACUCGAACCCAUCCAAGAAGACAACCUCCUCCACUGGCAGGCCAUCCUCCUCGGCACCGCCGACUCGGCCUACGAAGGCGGACGCUUCAAACUCGACAUUGUCAUCCCAACCAACUAUCCCAUCCAAUCACCCACCAUUCGCUUCGUCACAAAGAUUUGCCAUCCCAACGUACACUUUAAGACAGGAGAGAUUUGUUUGGAUAUCCUAAAGUCAGAAUGGACACCAGCAUGGACACUCGAGUCGGUAUGUGUCGCCAUUAGCUCACUCCUCACCAACCCAGAACCAAGUAGUCCGCUCAACUGUGACGCAGUCAUUGCAAUUGGACCGCACCUGAACCCACCCGAGUUUUCAUCCUGUGUCCGGGUCUGCCGUCAGUGGAACAAGACCUUCGUACCGUUUCUUUGGGAGACGGUCGACGAUACCCUAUUUUCCUGGCGCCAUAUCCUCAAACAACACGACGCGGACGACAGCAAAGGCGACAAGGACGAGGGUUGGCUCCGCAGUAUAUUUGUCAAGCAUGGACAUUUAAUUCGACAUCUGUCGCUCUCGUGGAAAGUAAGCAUCCUCGCAGCCGGUCUCAGCGGUCAAUGCACCAACCUCCUCUCGCUCUCCUUAACAACCUCCGCCCUGAAUAAGACUACCCGGGAAGCAGAGGCCUUGGCAACUGCGAAAAGAUUCAAGCUGGAGGAUGGUGGUCGCACAGAAGGCGAGAGAGCGAAAAAAGGCGUUACAGGACCCGUCUUGGUGCCAGAGUUCGAGGGAUUGUUCGUGCUACGAGCAGCAAUGUGGCGCUCAGUGGCUGAGCAGGAACAGGACUGGACGACGAACCAGCAUCUGUGGCAAUUGGUCCGCAGCAACUCGUCCUUGCGGACUCUACGACUGUCUCUCAGUGAGGCGGAGCUGUGCAAAAUGGCGACAAUCGACGUGGUCUACGACAUCCUGUCGUCGCUAAAGGAUAUCACCCGCUUGGAAAGCACAACGUAUGCCAUUCUGCUUGACCGCCUUCUGGAUCGAGUUCCAACCAUCCAGCAUGUGCAGAUGGACUCUGCCCGCGUAGGAGACGGCUUUGCGACCAGGACUUUUCUUGGACUCCAGACUCUGGUCAUCAAGACGUUCGUGUCCAGCAAGCUUUUUCUCGAACUGUUGCACUCGCUCCCCAACCUUGAGCAUUUCCGACUAAUUGCCGUCGACAAUUACAGGGAGUAUUUUAGGGAUGCGGCCCUUUAUCUGGACAGCACGCCGAGCCGACUCAAAGGAUUGCACUUCAACAUUGGCAAGUCGUUCGACUUUGGCAAGAUGGCCAACUAUAUCUUGCCUUGGCUCCCGGACUUGACCGAGAUGACUCUGGGCUGGCUCGAUUCUGUGACAGCCAGGGCUCUGACAACGUACUGCAGGAGUUUUCAGAUUUUUCGGGAACCAGGAGGCGCCCAGUCGACUUUCUCGUUGGACGAUAAUCGAGAAGUUUCGAGCCAUCUCGAGGUGCUCCUGCAGGAAUGUCCGCAACUGAGGAUUGUCGACGCUAUUUGCCACCGAGUCGACGCGGACCGAAUGUUGGCGCUGCCCUGGAUCUGCCAUCGUCUGGAGGUCCUCUAUUUUCAGAUUGUGGGAGUUUGCCGAUUGAAGGCUGGCGAGCAGAAAAACUUGCCGUCCAUCAUAUCUGCCAACGACGACGAAACUGACAGAAAGCUCACCAACAAGGAGGAUAUUCUGGACAGGUACAGGAGAGGUCAGGACCAGCAAAACAAGAUCUUUACCCAACUUGCUUUGAUGACUCACCUCAAAGUACUGGAUCUAGGUCUUGAAUGGAGAAACCUCGGCCAUGCUUACUGGGUAGAGCAAUACGAGGUUGAAGGACAGAAGUAUGUGAGAUACACCAGCCCCUAUGCCGACACGUUGGAGUUGACCCUUCAGUCUGGUCUGGAUCAAUUGACGGGUCUUGUGAACCUAGAAGUGUUUGGGUUUGAAGGCAUCAACCAUCGACUUGGAGACCAAGAGCUGGCGUGGAUAGCGGUGCACUGGGUACGACUGCGAGUCAUGCGAGGGCUACAGGAGGACUCGUUGCCGAUGCUUGAGCCUGACGCCAGGAGGACUAAGCUGCGCAGGAGGAUGCAGGAGUUGUGUCCCAACGUUCGCCACCGCAGCCUGCGGCAAGUGCCUGAAUCCUACUCGUAA